AUCCCGGAGCGCGCGUUCGUCGUCGAGGCGCUCGGCGAGCUCAUCACCGAGGAGGAGGCCUCGGAGCGCCUCGCGACGGCGCGCGCCAACGGCGACGAGCACUACUACAUGCUCGCGGCGUCGGACGCGGCGACCAAGGGCCUCGUCAUCGACGCGACGCGCAUGGGGAACUCGUGGCGCUACGCGAACCACAGCUGCGACCCGAAUUGCCGCCUCGAGAAGUGGCGCUGCGGGAGCUCGGACCGCUACGGCAUCUUCGCCCUGCGGUCCGUCAAGCCGGGCGAGCAACUCACGUACGACUAC